GAAGAUUCUUUUGACUAUAAAGAUGAAGAGUCUACUUUUUCUGGUGCUGAUUUCUGUCUGCUGGGCUGAACCUCACCCUGACAACUCAAGUCUGGAGCAUGAAAGAAUUAUUCACAUUCAAGAAAAUGGACCCCGUCUACUUGUGGUAGCAGAGCAAGCUAAAAUCUUCUCACACCGGGGUGGCAAUGUCACACUGCCAUGUAAAUUUUACCAUGAACACACAUCAACAGCUGGCUCAGGAACCCACAAAAUCCGGGUCAAGUGGACCAAACUCACCUCAGAUUACCUCAAAGAAGUGGACGUCUUUGUUGCAAUGGGACACCACAGAAAGAGCUACGGAAACUACCAGGGCAGAGUGUUUCUGAGGGAAAGCAGUGAAAAUGAUGCCUCUCUUAUAAUCACAAAUAUCAUACUGGAGGAUUAUGGGAGAUAUAAGUGCGAGGUGAUUGAAGGAUUAGAGGAUGAUACAGCAGUGGUAGCUCUGAAUUUGGAAGGUGUCGUAUUCCCUUAUUCUCCGCGGCUGGGUCGUUACAACUUAAACUUCCACGAGGCUCAGCGAGCCUGUCUGGACCAAGACUCUGUUAUCGCCUCCUUUGACCAGCUCUACGAUGCCUGGAGGUCAGGGCUGGACUGGUGUAACGCCGGCUGGCUCAGCGACGGCUCUGUGCAGUACCCCAUCACCAAGCCCAGGGAGCCCUGCGGAGGGAAGAACACAGUGCCUGGGGUCAGGAAUUACGGGUUCUGGGAUAAAGAUAAAAGCCGAUAUGAUGUUUUCUGUUUUACUUCAAACUUCAAUGGUCGUUUUUACUACCUAAUUCACCCGACCAAGCUGACCUACGAUGAAGCCGUUCAGGCGUGCUUGAAGGAUGGAGCUCAGAUCGCCAAAGUUGGCCAGAUAUUUGCUGCCUGGAAGCUCCUAGGGUACGACCGCUGUGACGCCGGCUGGUUGGCUGACGGCAGCGUCCGCUACCCAAUCUCCAGGCCAAGGAAACGCUGCAGUCCUAACGAAGCAGCGGUUCGCUUUGUAGGCUUCCCUGAUAAAAAGCACAAGCUGUAUGGUGUCUACUGUUUCAGAGCAUACAACUGAAAAUACCUAGAGCACAAAAGUUUUAAAUUCAUUAAGAACAUGUGAAAGAUUUUUUUUCGAUAUGAACUCAUGCAAGUUAUCAAAACUGUGAUAAACCCUUUUUUACUCACUGUAAAGAGUCAUUUUCAUAAACCCAACCCAUUAAUUUGUUGUGUUCUUUUUUUUUUUUUAAUAUUUUUGUAAAAGUAUCAUUCCAUAGAUAUUUUAAAUUAAUAUAAUUUAAAGGAAGCUCUAGGUAAGGAAGUUUUAGAGCCAAAUUCUUUAAGCUACAUCAUCCCAACAAAAUAUACUUCUCAUGAAUGGGGCAUGCAAUAGAGCUUGACAAUUGCUAGGGCACAAUUAUGGAAUGUAAGGCUACUCAAAGCAGAAGCUUUUGAAAAGCACAGAUUUUACAUAUUUGUACCAGUUUGAAAACACUGCAAAUUGAUUAUAUCAGGAAUUUUGAAAUAAGGUAAUCUUUUUGUUAAAGGGGAUCAGUGAGGUUUUGCGAAAAAAUCUCACAAUGUAGGUUAGAAAAUAACUUUUUUCACUGGUUUCACAUGGGAACAACUUAGAGUUUAAGAAAAGCAGCUAAAACAGUCCUCAAAAAUAGGACUAGUUUUACAAUUUAAAAUCUUGCCUUUCUGAAAAAUAAGCUUAUGGUCCCAUGCAUAGGAACAAGCACAAUUAGUUCUCCUGAACAUUUCAAUUGUGUUUUUGUUGUGUAUAAAUCAUUGAUGAGGGAGUGAAUAAUUAACUAAUAAGAAAACUCUGUUUUCUUCUUAACUCCAGUUGAAGAUGCCUGAGAAGUGUUGUAUUACCUUUGAGUAGCUUUACUGAGUUAUUUUUAAACUCUUAAAGGCCAUUUGCUAAGCAGCAUAUAGCAUCUACUCAGGGCAGUUGUAUAAAUGAACUGCUGGACAGAGGAAUUGUAAACUUUAGCAGCUUGAUUUUACAUUAGCUUUUGAAAUGUUAUUGUCUUAACGGAAGAACAUUACAAUAUUUAAUAUUUCUUACC